CUCACUGGCCUCUCUUCCCUAGCACACUCAUUUGCAUUGACGCGCCUGCAGCCUGUGCAUUGUGAAGGUGGCAAGCCUUGAACUCUGAUUCGAUCGCAGAAAGACUAGUAGACGACGCUUCAAUAGAUUUUGACGGGCGAACGGCUGGCACAUUCAGGCCUCGGCCAGUCGAGCUGGUCCUUGCUGGGGACGUCGAGGAUCACAGCAUAUGUAAAGCUCAUGGAAAGCGCAUGACGCGGUACUACAAUCUUUGGUUGCUCAGUUGCAAUUGAGGGGAUGUGUUGAGCUGUCGAACAUCCACCGACCUUGGGCAUACACACACAAUGGCCACUGAGACCGUCUACUCAAGCCCUGCGGCGAGGGCCUUCCCGACGCCGUCUGCAACACCGCAAAGACCUCCUUCGAUACACAUUCGGGCAGAUUCCUCCCCCGGCCUGUCGUCUUCGCCUAAUUCCCUACCGAUCCUGAAUUUCUCGCCCGAUGCCCGCAGUGACUAUGAGGAUACUGCUGACGAGGACAACUUGUCGCCACUAGAUCCGCGGCGCUUCACACCUACACUACAUGCCUCACUUGUCUCCGAAAUUCUUUCUCUGCGGCGAGACGUGGAGGGUAAAGCAAAGGCAAUUGAUAUACUCGAACGGACUCUAGACGAAUCACGAACGGAGAACGAAGGUCUCACUGAACGUCUAUCCAAGAGCACUAAGGAGUCUCGUUCGCUCAAGCAUCAAUUGCAGCUGCUGGAAGGUGGAUCUUCGUCCGCCCUCACUGAGCUAGCACGAGAGCGUGAUGAAGCCCUAGAGAACAUUACAGAUGUCCGUAAGAAGCUAGAACAAGCCCAGAAGAAGGCACGAAGCCGUGAAGAGGAGGUAGAGAGAACGGCACAGCUUUGGAGCCGAGACAAAGAUGCUUGGGAAGGCGAACGGAGAAACUUGGAACGAAAAGUGCAUGUGGUGGAAGGGCGCCUGAAGGUCGUGUUGAGUGAGGUAGCCGCUGCUCAAGCAGCUGGCUCAUUUCACACAGCCCAGAAUUCCGAUGACUCUGGUCGUGAUCGGACCGCAACAUUGGUAGAAGUCGGGAAAGACAGCGACUCUGCAAGUGUUGACUCAAGAAGCAGUCAAGGGCAUCGUCGGACCAGUGUCACAAGUGUGAGUGCUGACAGCGUCGAUGAGACUGACUAUCACAACGUGCGGUACUCCGUCGCGAGUGUAGCCACCGCCCAUGGUUUUAAGAGCGAGGGGCUGAGCUUGGCUCAAGAACUGGCAUUUGACGAGGAAGACGAGUUCGAGUCCUUUGAAGCCGAUUUUGUACCAGAGUCGCCCGAGGCACUUCCAGAAGAACGGCCGGCUUCCGUUCACUCGCAGUUUUCUUGCACAAUGAGCAUGGGUGCCAAGGCGAGGAAAAUCCUCGGCCUUUCUCUGACCAGUGCAGAUGGCCAUGGGUUCAAGGCUGAUGGGGGCUCAGAGCCCAGUAGCCCUUUGAAAAUGUCCACGACACCCUAUGUGUACUGCGACGCAGGCAUCCAGUAUUCGCCUCCCCCGUCGCCCGUGUCACCAUCAAAACCUGAACUACCGUCCGUGGAGCAGACUGCAGAGCGCCGUGAUAGCAAAAUUGCGAAUCACUAUAAAGGUAAAGAUAGUGGCACAUCGGCGCUUACAAUUGAUAUGGUAUCGGCUUCCUGUCAAACUGUCGAAGACCUUCCCACUCCCCCAUGGACUCCUAAGCUGGACGAGACACCGCAGCCCGCCCCAGAGGUGACCCCGAUGGUGUCUGUGUCGGUACAGACGGUGCAAACUCCUGUCGCACAGACAAAUGACAAGGGAGUCAGUGCCUCGCCAAACGACAUGGAGUCGCCCGAGAUUGAUAUCCCAAUGAUCGCCAUACACCCGCCACACUCGGAGCCCCCUUCGCCCCGAGGAAGCGUGGUUCUUCCACCCCAAACUAAGAGCGUUUCCUGCCAGGCUAACUUCACUCCGAGCAUCGACAGUCGAACCAUUGGCAUCCAGACAGAAGAGAUUCGGAUUGAUCAAAGGCCUGUCAAGUUACCAGCCAGUCUACUCCCAUCAGCGAUACCCGACCUCCCACUGGGCGAAAAUGCCCAGGAUCCUCCUAUCCAGCCGUAUCAUGCCCCUCCUCCAAGAUCAAAGAGACGGGAGAGCAAAUCAUCUGUACGCACCAAGCCAGCCGAGCCAGUGCAAGCCUAUCCGGGAAACAAUGACAACGGCCCGCUGGCUGAGGGGUCCAAGUCAGAACACAAGCGGCCUCUACGAUCGAGUAGCCUCUUUGCUGGUUUCGAACAAGCGAGUGAUGAAGAGACCCCUGUGCAGCCUAAGGACGUUUUCACCGACGAUGAUUUCUUGAACCGGCCAUUUGCGUCGUAUACCUUGAAGAGAGGAAAGCUCGUCUCUACGCACGGACGUCCUAGCUUGGACGAGUCUCCUCUUCCGGAAAUUGACGAGCAUCUACGAGAAGCCGAGGCUGAUUUGGCAGAAGCAUCGAUUGACCCAGGCUCAAAGGAGGUAGUUGGACCAUCUUCGUGGACUCAGCGAUUCGGCAUUGGAGCAAGGCAGCAGGAUAUCCGUAAAACAGCCAUGAUCUCCAACGGGGCAACAGCACAUCGGAUACCUCGCGAGCGGAGCCCCAGCGAGCCGAGUAUGGAGAGUGGUAAUGGUGCUCAUGGCAUUGCACCUCCCAUUCCUGUGCCGAUGCGGUUCAGUUCCAGGAAAUUCCCCGGCGGCAGCGACGGACGGCAAAGUCCAACACCGUCCAAUCCUCGCAACUUCUCGGAUCGAGGAAGACCGUCUAUUGUUCGACGUCCGACCCUGCGCAGAGUUCGGUCUGCGGCUGCCAUGUCGCAUGUAGAUCCGCAUGACCGUCCCGGAAGCCGCUCGUCGCCAACCAUGUCCUCAUCGUCCUGUGGGCCAGACAGUCCCCAGCAUCCACCCCUUCCCUACGACGACAUCACUGCGCCUCCAGGUAAACGAGCUGUCCAAAGGGGAUCGAUUCGUCCACCGACAGCGUCUCGCCCCUUUGCGCACGGACGGCAGGACUCUACAGCCACCAUUGUCCAACCCACAAGCGUUGUUGACGCGAUUGCACAGACAAUGGUCGGGGAGUGGAUGUACAAGUACAUCCGGAGACGGAGGUCGUUUGGGGGUGUCGGCGAGCCGAAGGAGAACUGGGAUGGGCGGAAUGCAGAAGAGGUAUCUGCAAAUAUUACCAACAGCGGUGCAAGACACAAGCGAUGGGUCUGGCUGGCGCCGUAUGAGCGGGCAGUUAUGUGGAGCAGCAAACAACCGACCAGCGGGCCAGCCCUGUUGGGUAAGAGCGGUAGGAAAUUGGUUAUCCAAUCUGUCCUUGAUGUCAAGGAUGACAAUCCGCUGCCUAAAGGCUUCAACCCUCAAAACCAAUUCAAUCGGUCGAUUCUGAUCUUAACACCUCAGCGUGCCCUCAAGUUCACUGCCUCUAGCAUUGAGCGGCACUAUGUCUGGCUGACUGCACUGUCAUUCCUGAGUCACUCUUCCAUGGGUCUCCAUGACCUGGAUUCCCUACCUCCGGUCCCGCAGGAGGAACUCGCAUCACCCACCCACGCGGCCACGCUGCGCCGUAAUCCAAUCCGGGACUCUAUCCGAAUCGCCAAGGGCCGCCCACGCCCACGACCCAAGGGAAAACGAUCCCUUCUCAGUCAACCGGAGCCUGUGCCUGAACUACCGCCUGCAUUAGAAGCCGCCGAGUCGAUGGAUGCUGCAGACCCGCCGACAGUGCCACGGUUCUCGAACCAUGCGCGUAAGCGCAGCAACACUUCUCCCCGCAUGCCGAUCAUCCGCAGCUUCUCAAGCCAGGCUACCAUGCCCUCAGCGACGUCGACGCGCGGCUCCUCAGACACUUACGGUCCUGUAGUGCCAUACGCCAACGGCAGCCUGGCCAGCGUCAGUCGCCGCACGUCCGAAACCAGUGUGCGGACUGGUAAUUUCUUCGACGCCAUUGGCACGGUCCGCAUGGAGGCGUUCAUCGACCAAACAAAUGGAUACAAGGGCCCGCGGCCUGCGCGACACAGUCGAAAGGGGUCGAGCGCCUGGAGCGCAAACCAAGAGCUGGACUCGCCAUACGCAGAGGGCCGCGGGCAUCUCCGGCAUGAUCCGUUCGGAGAAUUCUGAAAGGGCGGGCCCAAACUAGAACACAUUUUAAGCCCACAUGAUUCAUAAGUGGAUGCUAUAGUUAUCUGUAUUUUGGAUUUAUCAAGGCACUUUGGACCAAGUGCGCGCCGGCUAUGGAUACCACACUUUGCUCGUUCGUUAUAUUGGCGGGAAUAGUAUUUAGCUAGUUAAUUAGCUAUUGUUUAAUGUUAUUAGUAAUAGACGGUCUAG